AUGGCGUCCCCCGUCCAGCAGUCUCCUCAGCCUGGCGGCGGGAAGCGCAAAGGCAAGGCUCAGUACGUGCAGGCCAAACGGGCUCGGCGCUGCGAUGGCGGCGGGCCCCGGCAGCUGGAGCCCGGGCUACAGGGCAUUCUCAUCACCUGUAACAUGAACGAGCGCAAGUGCGUGGAGGAGGCCUACAGUCUGCUCAACGAAUACGGAGACGACAUGUAUGGUCCAGAAAAGUUUGCAGACAAGGAUCAGCAACCCUCUGGAAGUGAGGCAGAAGAUGAUGAUGUGGAGGCCGCCUUGAAGAAAGAAGUUGGUGACAUUAAGGCAUCUACAGAGAUGAGGCUGAGAAGAUUCCAGUCAGUGGAGAGUGGAGCAAAUAAUGUAGUCUUCAUCAGGACACUUGGGAUAGAACCUGAGAAAUUGGUGCAUCAUAUUCUCCAAGAUAUAUACAAAACCAAGAAGAAGAAGACUCGGGUUAUUCUACGAAUGUUACCCAUCUCAGGCACAUGCAAGGCUUUCUUAGAAGAUAUGAAAAAAUAUGCAGAAACAUUUUUGGAACCCUGGUUUAAAGCUCCAAACAAAGGGACAUUUCAGAUUGUAUAUAAAUCUCGAAAUAACAGUCACAUGAAUAGAGAAGAAGUUAUCAAAGAAUUGGCAGGAAUAGUAGGCAGCCUCAAUUCGGAAAAUAAAGUAGAUCUUACCAAUCCACAGUAUACAGUGGUAGUAGAAAUCAUUAAAGCUGUCUGUUGCCUGAGUGUUGUGAAAGAUUACACGUUGUUCAGAAAAUACAAUCUCCAGGAGGUGGUGAAGAGUGCCAAGGACUUGUCACAGCUUAACACAAAGCAGGCAGCACUAACAGGAAAUGGGAAAGAAGCUAAAUUGGAAUCUGGUGACAAAUCAAAUCAAAAGGACGCAGCAGAAGGAAAAAAUAACCAGCAGGUGGUACCAGAGGAUAGUGAGGAGCUGGGUCAGACAGAACCAAUAUCUGAGACACAUGUGGUGAGUGAGGGGGCCACUAAACCUGAACUUGCAAGUCAAGUCACAGAAGGAUCUGAGUCACAUGGAAAUGACCUCUCAUAG